GCUCUGAGCAGCAGUCUAUACAAGAGUGCAUCGCCUUAUGGCUCUCUUAAUAACAUUGUGGAUGGGUUAAGCUCCCUCACCGAGCAUUUCUCUGACCUAUCCCUUUCUUCAGAAGCCAGAAAACCCAGCAAGAGGCCACCUCCUAACUACCUGUGCCACCUCUGCUUUAACAAGGGACACUACAUCAAAGACUGCCCACAGGCUCGUCCAAAAGGAGAAGGCCUGACUCCAUACCAGGGCAAGAAACGCUGUUUUGGUGAAUAUAAGUGCCCCAAAUGCAAGAGAAAAUGGAUGAGUGGAAACUCCUGGGCUAACAUGGGACAAGAAUGUAUCAAGUGCCACAUUAAUGUUUAUCCUCACAAACAGAGACCCCUGGAAAAGCCGGAUGGCUUGGAUGUUUCAGAUCAGAGCAAAGAACAUCCCCAGCAUCUCUGUGAGAAGUGCAAAGUUUUGGGCUACUACUGCCGCCGCGUGCAAUAAUCCUUCGGAGUGGCCUCUUCCCAUCCCCCUCAUCCCUAAAGAUCCUCUGGCAGCACGUGAUCAACAGCAACACAACAAAUCAAGAUAAAAGCUAAAAUAAUUGCCAAUAUUGCCUAUCUAAUAACAUGCCUUACCAUUAAUAGAAUGUAACAUUUCUCCUGUGCAUGUAUGCAACAGGUAUUUACAAGGACUAUGAUUUGUAUACAUACAUAUAUAUGUAAAUUUAUAUAUAUAUGUACACACAUAUAUAAAGCGUUACUGAUAGUGUUCACAUCAGAACCGCAGAUGCAGGUUCUGCUAAAUGUUUACACAGACCCCAUAUCACGGCCAGGUGAAAUGAAGUACUUAUUCAAUAGGCAAGGUAUAAUAUUGACAAGGAAUUGACAUUGUUAUAUGUAUGGCUUUUGCAGAGGUUAAACAACUGUGGGGCCACUAAUUGUAAGCGCUCACCCACAACAUGAACGUUAUUCCUAUUAUAUGACAAGACAAAGGAAGGUAAAACAAGCCAUGGUGUAAAAGAAGGAAAAUUACUGUUUCCC